GGCCCCUUCCCUGCCAGACGGCGGGGACGAAAGCUGGGCGCGCAGCGUCCUCGAACCCCCGAGCAAACGAGCAGGAUCCCCCCUACCCCCAAGAACACCGACCCACGUCAUGGCGGAUUCCGAGCGCCUCUCAGCCCCCGGCUGCUGGGCUGCCUGCACCAACUUCUCACGCACCCGAAAGGGAAUUCUCCUGUUUUUUGAGAUUAUACUGUGCCUGAUGAUUCUGAUCUGCUACAGUGCCUCCUACGGCUACGAAGGGUACUUCCUGUCGGUGGUUGAGAUGAUCCUCGCUUCUAUCUUCUUUGUCGUCUACUGGCCCUGGAGUGACUUUUUCUGAACUCUCAUAGCCACCAUCCUCUACCUGAUCACCUCUAUUGUUGUUCUCGUCAGCAAAGGAAACCACUCCAAAAUCAUCACUGGGGUACUGGGCCUAACUGCUGUGGCCCUCUUUGGCUGUGAUGCCUAUAUCACCUUCCCCAUGCGGCAGCAAAGACAUACAGCAGCCCCUACUGGUAAGUGUAUGUAUGUGCCUGGGUGUGGGGGAGGCAAAGAAGAGAAGAUAGGGGUAUGUUGAGGGGGUAAAGAGGGAAGGAAAGGGCUCUCCC